ACCCAAAUCAUAUUCAAACAUUAUAUGAUUCUCAUAAACUAGCUCUAACAAUGGUUCCAUAAUCCAUCAUAAUUUCUCCGUCAUUUGGACGAGUGGUUGUGUAACGAGUUAAUAUAAAAGUGGAAUUCCCCACAAAAUGAGAAUGUGGUAUUUGUGAGUUAUUUCACAAUAACUACCCCUAUGAGGUAUUGACAAUAACUCAUUAAUGAGUUAUUUCAAAUUAACUCGGGGUCGUUUGGAUGGAGUAUUUGUAUGAGUUAUUUCAAAUUAACUCGGGGUCGUUUGGAUGGAGUAUUUGUAUGAGUUAUUUCAAAAUGAGUUAUUUGAAAUAACUUAUACCCAUGUGUUAUUUCGAAAUAACUCAUUUUAUCACUCUGUUUUUACCAAAAUACCACAUGUCAAAUACCACAUUUGCAUGGUUCAACCAAACGAGAUACUUUAUUUCAAUUACCACUGAAAUACCACAUGAACAAUAAAUAAGUUAUUUGACUCUACAAAUACCACAUUAACAAACGGUUAAUUGCACCUAAAUAACUCAAAAUGAGUUAUUUGGGUAACUCAUCCAAACAACCCACAAUCCAUGACAGUUUGACACUUGACAGUUGACACCACUACGUCUUCUUUUUCCUUCCCACUUGAUGAAUGAAAUCCUUGUACGUUUGUCUUUUAUCUGGAAUUGCAAUCCACAAUUUAUUACUGUGAGCAGAAAGGGACGUAUUUAGUCUCCUCCCGCUUGAGUUGAGUGCGCAUGUAAUAUCUUAAAACUGAUUAAGAUACUUCCUUAAUCCUUAGUUGUUAAUUUUAUAAAUUAAUUCAUCGCUUGCUUCCUUGAACGUCAAUUAAUUCCUUUAAAUUAACGGCCUACUGGGUUUCUCUUGGUUUCUUCGGCUGGUCAAAAAGCUUCUGGAGGACCAGUCCCCUUCCUGGCAGAGACCGCAGAAUAGGUUGUUGGGCAAUAGUUCAGAUGAAAGCCCUCAUCUUUUUGCGUUUUCCCACUAUUUAGUCCCCAGAGUUCUACUCGGUUGUCGAAUCGAGCUCUUAUUCUUAUAGAUUUCAAAUAACUCUAUCGGGUUUAUCGUAUUUAGGAUAAUAUUGGGUUCGGAGUUGAAACGGGUUUUUAGUAUUGAAAUUAUGAUUUGUAAGACAUUAAUGAUAUAAUUUGGUGGAGAUAACAUGUGACACACCAAGCCUUACCCUAUUUGUGGGUUUUAGUGAUAAAGAUAGCACCAAAAAUUCUAAAAUAACCAAUCAUUCCAUAUGUGUCUGGAUUUGGCUAAUCAUUUAUAUUGCAGUUAUGAGUUUCCAAUCAUCUAUAUAUAUUUCAUUUAUAAGAAAGGUAAGUAGAACAUGUUCAAUGUUACACACCUUCUUUCUAGACAUAUCCAAUCAUAGCAAUCAAAUGUCUUUUUCAACUUGCUGUAAUUAAUCGUUGGGCAAUUUUUGCAUCUCUGAAAUCUUUCAUACAAAGUUUUAACCUCUUUCUCAUUAAUUGCUCACCUGACGCUCGUGAUGUUAAUGUAUGUCUUUUGAGAUCCUACAGGCUGCAAUAUAGAAGAGAUGAGAUCUUUAUCGUAGGAAGAGUGACUCAAAAUCUUAUGAUAGAGCACUCAGUGAAAAAAAACCCUCAUUCAAUAUUUAUCCCACUCAAGUCUUCCAAAUCAACAAGGAAUGGAUCACACUCGGGCGGGCAGUAUGAUGUCAGAAGAUCAGAGUGGUUAGAUUGUCUUUGUUAGGGGGGGUGCAUAUCAAGUAUAUCGAUGAUCCUCCAUUAGUGGAACUAUUUGUCUGGAUUGUGACCUCUCACAGAUUCGAUUCGAAGGAGACGCGAAGAUGGUCAUUGAUAAGAUAAACCAGACCGAUACACAAGAUAAUCGAUCUGGAGCCAUUCUCGAGGAAGUUUUUUUUGUUUGUUGGCAGAUCAUAAUGGUCUUCAUGUACGAUUUGUAAGUUAGAAUAGCAACAGGGUAGCCCACUUUGCGACUAGAAAGACCCUGUCUUCAUGUACGAUUUGUAAGUUGGAAUAAGAAUAGGAUAGUCCAAUGUAUAGUGUAUUCGAUCUCUUUUUAAUCUAUACAAGAUUAUCUUUUGUAAAAAAAAAAAAAACCGUUCCAAUCAUCGUCCAGGGAUUAUCAAGUAGCAAAGAAACCAAAAAACCAAACUUAUAGUUACAUUAAGUUGUGACCUAUCAAAAUUAAGCAUGCAAGCGGAAAUUUCACAAGCUGCCGCCUGCCCUGGGUACCAAAAUGAAACUUUCCCGCCUCUCCCAAAACUGAACAGUUUCAUGUCUGCCAUGCAUUAGUCCAUGAAAUCAUACCGUAUCGAUAGUUCAACCAAAAAAUACAAGUAUUGGAGACUAAAUCAGUAAACGGUAUUUAACAAUACUAACGGUUGAAUUACGAUUAAACCACGAUUUUGUCAUAAAAUACCCACUUUCCCGAUACGACCUCCGAUACGGUUUCAUGACCACUCUGCCCCGCAGAACACCAGAACUCGAAAUUCCGCGUAAUAUUCCAUACAAAAAAAAAAGUUCCGUGUAAUAAAUAAAUUGAGAAAACAAAGUUAAAAAUAAAAACAGGAAGAAAAAAAAAACGAUUAACCUACCAAAAUAUAAAUUAAAUUUUUUAAUAACGACACGAAGAUGAACAAGAACGAAGAAUUUCAGUCCCCCGCCCGCCUGUUUCGCGGAUUCAGUUUUUUUCCUUCCUUCUGUUAUUAGUGUAAAUCCCAAUCAAGCAACCCGUCUUCUUCGAUCUAAAUCGCAUCAUUAUCCUUUUUUUUUUUUUUACUUUCUGCCUUCCCUCUAAUUUCCCAAUUUCCCCCCGCUCCCGCAAACCUCUGGAUUCCCUCCGGCGAUGACGACAACGUCGACGUCCGCCAUGGACGAUCCUUUGAUUUUACCGAUACACCACUUUCUCUGAUUGUCGCGGGGGAAAAAUACCAAAACCGCCGCCCGAGGGGCAAAAUAGAAAAAAAUUCAGAGGAAGGAGAGAAUUCGAUUUCGCCCUUCUUCUUCUUCUUUAAUUCGAUUCCGAUUCUUUUCGAUUUUCUCCCCCCCUUUUUUCCUUUUUCAAUCGAAUGGGGCGGAAGGACCUUUUCCCUCCGUCGCUAGGCAGCCGGAAGAAGCAACCGUUGCUCGCCGAUAAGCCGCACCCGAAACCGACGGAGGGGGCAGCGGCGGAGAAGAAUGGAGGCGGAGGAGGGGUUAGGGGGAGGAGGCUGGAGAGGAAGAACGCGAUCCAGACGAAGAGGGCGGGGGAGGUGGCGGGAGGCGCGGCGGCGGAGUGCGCGGCGGUCUGCUGCUGCUGCCCGUGCACGCUGAUGAACAUCGUGGUGAUGGCGGUGUACAAGGUCCCCGCGGGGCUGUGCCGGAAGGCGAAGAAGCGGCGGCGGCGGAAGAAGAAGCAGCAGCAGCAGAACCAGCACGGCGGGCUGCUGGCGCCGCCGGCGACGACGACGAGCAGCAGCGGCGGCGGGUCGAGGGAGGAGUUGGAGAGGGAGGUCAGGGAGGUGGUGGAGCGAGGGCGAGAAGGAGGCGCCGCCGCCGCCGACGACGGCGCGAAGAAGACGGAGGAUUUGGAGAAGGAGAUGUGGAGCCGUUUCCACGGGACGGGGUUCUGGAGGAGCCCGUCGCAAAAGGACACGUAAGAUCUGUUCUGCGACCCCGUCGCGCCGCCAUCGGACGGUGGUGAUUGGUUAGAUUUGUUGAUGAUUUGGACGGUGGUGAUGGAUCGUAAGUGUAUAGAUGAGAGAUUUAUGUACAUUGGUGAAUAUAAUUUUGAUGGGGAAUUUUGUUUGUGCCUUUUUUUUUAGUAAUAUUUUUUUUUUGUCCAGAGGGAGUGUCCUGAUAUGUACUUUGGGGAGGGAGUUGGUGGGUACAAAUUUGGUUAAAUGGGCCCAAGCUUUGUUAUCACCAUGAGAGGCCCAAAACGGAGGUGUGUGGGCCAUGUGGGUUUUGUGUAGUGGGCCAGAUGAGCUGCUGUUGUUGAGGAAUGAGGAUGAUGAAUGAAAGAAUGAAUGGUUUGGGUGGAUUAUGAUUCUUAAGCAUAUGGUGUCCAGAUCUGUGCAAACUAAUUCAAGCUAAUAUGAGCCGGCUUUCGUUUGUGAGGGUGUGCUAGUAUAUGGUAUAUGAUACAUCAUUGAACAUCUCCCAAUAACUCGAGUUAUUUGAAUCAACUGAUUCCUGACAACGAUAAUAUUCAAACCGUGCCUGACUCCUGACCUGAUCAAAUAAAUUUAAAAAAUUGAGCUAGCAUAACACUAAACUAACGUACCGUUCCAAACACAACAUAAGAUAAAAUGAGACUGAAACGUGCAUGUGCCGUGCCGGCCCAAACAUAGCCCAACGCCUAGGUAGAGCCACUACUGACUACUCCUUGGUUCCAUUUUAUGCUUACAUAAUAGCGUUAUGAGAUGCUAGCUAGGUUUUGCUUUGUGUUGUAAAUACUUCUUCGACACAAUUUUCUGUAUAGUUUUGGUCCUAACUAACAUGGGGGAUUUCAGAUUUGGGGUGGUUAGCAUGUCAAAACCCAAUUGCCAUAAACGUUUGCCAAUUUCAGAAACUGGCCUGCUCUCUCAGCUCUUCCCCACCACCACACAUUUUGCCGCAAGUUGGGUCCUCCAUUUUUACACGAAGCAAAUGCAGUGCAUUGAAAUUUCGACUCAAUUGUGACCAGACAUAGAAAUUAAUCUCGGUCCUGUGACAACAAUAUAUCAUUCAUCGACAUCACCACCAAUCAGAAGUCUGAAAACAUCUAAUAUUAUGGGUGGCCACACGCAGAAAUGUAAGCUCGUAUUAAACGCUCACAGGAUUUGCCGAGUAUCUAUUGGGGCUCGGGAUUUGCCGUCGCAAGACGGAUUUCUCCUCGUAUAAAAAAAUAAUAAUUAUUCUUUUAUACAUUGUUUCAAGGAAGGAUAACUCAAAAAGAGUUAAAAUGCUCUUGGUGAAGUAUAGUGAUACUACAUAGAAAAUCAGUUCAUUUCAAUAAUUCGUAUUAUUGAAAGAUGUACAAAAUGAACUUGGUGGUUUCUAGAUUCUGAAUACAGGAACCCCACGUGAGUGGUGACAAGGCAUGGUUUGAUGCCAUUGAUAGUCAUCUUACUUGGCAUAGAGAUACCAACGAAUCGGAUCAGGUGGUGAAUAGCGCAUAUUCAAUACCAAACCCCGAAAUAGUUCUAGUUUUACUCAUACAUAUACAAGAAUCGGGUAUAGUAUCAAAACCAUACCUGAUUGUGGUUUCUUCCAGUGACUCGUCAAAGUAGCAAGACAUCUCAGAGGGGGGCGUCGCGUGGGCAUUCCACAGUGAGUGGAGGACAGAACAGCAGUGCUUCUUCUUCAGUCUUCCCUUUCACAGAACAGAACAUAACCAUUUCCUCUCCUUUCUCGUCAAUUAUUAGGUUUAGGGUUGGUUUUGUCCCAUAUAUAUAUAUGUCCCUAGGUGGGUCGAGAUGAGAUCCGAACAAACCUAAAUCGACCCAAAAGAAGCUCCUUUUUGAUUCUCAAUCAAAUCCAGCUUAAUUAAGAACCCACCUCCUACCUAAUUCAUGCCAAUCAAAUCUUUGUUUGGUCCAAAGUGGGAUGCUAGUUAAAUCAAUGAUCGUGUUAAGU